AUGGAGAUUGGACAGCAGGAUCACGCAAAGGUCGGAGGUGAGACUGCGGAUACGGAUACCUCGCUUACGAUGGACUUGUGCCAUGCUGAGCUAGCAAGGCCACCCUUUGUCGAAAUUUUUGAACGUCGAAGCCACCAAUUAACCGGAAAGUCCACAAAGAGCCUUGUUGCUGUUCGCUGA